CACCACUUAGUUAUUUACUAGGUAUCUACUAACGUUACCUCCCUACUCAUCCUUCGUCACCACUCCGACCCUGUUCCUCACUUCUGUUCUUGAGAAGGGCCAAAAAGUGCAGGGACAAAAAAGAGAGGGGCACAACAAAAAGAACAAGACUUUUACGAAGGGGGAUCUUAUUGCUUGUGCGCAAAAAAUAGUCCAGCCUUAAAAGAAAAGAAAAUCGAAAAAAAAGGGGGGGGGAAACUUUCCCUACUAAAUAACUCCUCUCCGCUUUGCUCGGGCAAAAAUUCAACCCCCCCCCCCCUAAAGCCCGUAUAUCUACGGAGUACUACUAACUUCCUAUUUCACAACUACUCCGCUCCACAACACGCCUCACCCUCCUCCCCCCCAAAUCCUGGUUCUGCGCCCGGCAAACCACCCUUUCAAAUUUUUACUCUCGCACACCAGCAUGAGGUCCAGUUAGCCCAACCUUUGGUUCGCAGACGGAUAUGGAAGCGUCUCACCCAGCCCCAGAGGGUAUUAUGUUACCCCCAAGCCCUGUGGACUCGGCAGGUUCGGUUGACUCGACCUCGUCCGGCUCUACCGUCGAGCAUACCAGGGAGCCAGAACGCAGUGAUCACGUCACGAUCACCUUGUCUCUCACGCCUGAUUCGCCUGCCCAAACUCCGAGUCGUGCUUCUUUCAACCGCUCCCACGUCCGCUCACGAUCGAUGAUCGAAGUUCCAGGCGUCCCUCCAAUGACGCGCGCCCACUCUUCCCCCGGGCUGGACUCGCGGGGCAGGUAUAUCUUCGUCAAUGGUCGCGGGGGCUCUGCCAACGCUGGCGACAAUUCAGCUAGGCGUUAUCUGCCGCUGCAGGUGAACACGGGGGAAUCGUCCGACUCGAGAAUGGUGCCCCUGAAUGUCUCCCAGACCAUCUCUGAGAACGCCGAGUUGGACACCAGCAUGGUUACGUCUCCUUCCAAGGCCGACUGGCACCCUAUAUCGCCUGUACUCCCGCACACACUUCCUCGCGUCAAUCGUCGACGCCCCUCGUCUCCUUUGAGUUUCCAUCCGCCAUCGUCGCCUGGUUCGGUCAUGGGCAGCCCGUCUCCCUCGCACUCCUCCCCUGGCGUACUCAGUUCGCGAUUCAAUGAGACUUUUCCAGGCUACUCUGGCUCUUCCACUUCAUCUAUUCCCUCGACCCCUACCAGUCUCCGAUCUCGCAGCCCGAGCAUCUCCUCGCUGGAAACCAUUCCGGAUAUUCCCGAUGCGGAAGCAGCAGCCAUAGAGGCGGACAGAAUCGCAGCAUUGAAAGCUGCUGCCGAUAAAGCCGACGAAGCGGAGGAGGCCACCAACACGAAUCGACGGCGUGGAACGUCCGAUGCCUCGGGUCCCUCGAGCCCUUUCAUGAACACGCGCGUUUCAUCUGGUGGAUACGGGGUGCGGGCCGAUAAGCGGAAGCGCUGGAGUGUCUGUGGGGCGGAACGUCGUCAAGAUCUGGACCUGGAGACCAUCUGGGAAGAUUGAGGAGUCAGCCGAAUCCGGCACGGCCACUACCAGGAACCACGAUCCUUCUUACAAUGGACAACGGCUCUCGCCGAGCUUCAAGAACAACAAAUCGCAAGAGCCGACCCCAUUGAACCUUAUCGAACGCACAUUUCUCGUUCUUUCAUUCAAUUCG